AUGUCAUUCACCGGCCUCCUGGUUACUAUCUUCUCCAUCGAGAGUCUCGCCGAUUUCCUCAGUCUUGGCACUCUGAUCGCCUACUCCGUGGCCACAAUUGCUCUAUUAGUCAUUCGUUAUGGUCAGCCACCCGAGCUCUACUGGACCGGUGAUUCUGAAACGUCUCAAGACUCCUCGGAGGGGAGUAUAUCACCGGGAUCGGCAGUUGAAGUGGAAGCAGCAUUGCCUUCUAUGAAGGCAGUACCUGGACUGUGUAAAAGGCCCAGUUUGGAGAGCAAUGGUGCCGAAAUGAUCUGCUCCAAUGUUGACUUGAUUAGACCGAUGAGCAUAGGUCGACACGACAAUCGCAAGAGACUCCAUACCGAAAUAACCUUUAAUGUAGUCUGGAAAUGCGGAUCUCUUGUGAAAUCACUGUCAGGACGACUGCAAUCAAACGAUCUGAGCCUACAGCUCAAUUCCUUAAGUCAGUCUCCAGGCCUCAUCUCCCGCAUUUGUCACCUUCUCUGUACCGCAACUUCUUCUCCUCCCUUCCACUCCUUUGAUGUCGUCGAGCAGAGAGAGGCUUCUGCAAUAAGGUCCGAUUUUCCAGCUGGCCACUCAUCCCCUUGCCUCUGUUGCUCAACCGGCCAGUUCGGCCAAUGUCGCGUCGGACAGCCCGGCUAUCCGUCGCGUUUCUGGGCGGCUUGGCUACCUGCCGGCCUGGUUCGGCUCUCCACAACACGAUCGCCCGGCCGGAUGGUCUUCUACCUGCUCGCCUGCUACAUCGGCUUCUUGUGUCUGCUCAUCAUCACCCUGAAGGUGGAGCCGUUGGGUGUCAGCGUCCAGCCAGGCGUCUUCGUCUGGUACUGGUGGCGCAUCUUGUUGAUCUGCAUCAGCACCGUUGGCCUGUUGGGCUGCAUAGCCGGAAUGGGCAUUCACGUUCAGUUCCCCUCGCUGCACUCGCAGUUAUAUCGCGUAGGCCACUUGUGGGAGCAUGACCGCCCGCUUGUCUUUUAG